AUGUCACCAUUCUCAGAGCUGACCUUCAACUCUCCAAGUCAUAUAACCAAGCGGACGCCACCUAACAAAAAGUCUCGCGAUGUUAAUCUCUCGUCAUUAGCAUGCGCCAUGAAUAAUCUUAGUUCACCACCUAUAAAGGCGGAUCCAUCCUCCACAGGGCGUAGACCUGUCCUGACUUCGUGGAAGAGAACGGAGUGGGGAGGAGAUCGGGAACGCUGGGGUGUGAGGCUAGCUAUGGGCUUAAAAAAUAAAAGAGAGGGGAAACUAAACUACCCCACACCCACCACACCCACCACACCCACCACACCCACCACACCCCCCAUCCACACCACACCAACACCCAUCCAUCCGACACGCCGCUGA